UAAUUUCAGAUUAUUGAGAAUGUCCAGAUAUACUAUUUUGGGGUUUCUGUUCCUAGGAAUAGGAGCUGUUCCAUUCGAUACAGAAUCAAGGAAAGAAGUUGAUCCUGAUCUGUUACUAGACGAAAACUUAAAAAGUUUAGCUGCAGAAUUUAGAGAGUCUGUGCUAGCUCCACUUUUAGUCAACCCAUUACAGAUAACUGCUUUGACAUGCGGCUCCGUGUUUACCUUCUACAAUAGCGGAGCCAACACUCCCUCUGUCUCACUGGAUUUAUGUUUGCUGGGAAUAAUUAUAGCGAAGAUUCUAGUGGUGUCUCUUCCUGUCCUAUUCUACGAGUUAAACAAUGUUCGACGAGAAGGAGGUGUAAUGUCUGAUGUUCUAGGAAACCUCCACGAUAUUAUAAAUAAUAUCGACUUUCAAGGAUCUGGACCAGAAGGGGAACCUUUUGGACUUGAAAACCUGACUGGAGAAAAUUCUCCUCUUCUCAAGUACUCUGAUCAAUCUUUAGAGGAGGUUCUACCUCCGGUUCAAGAAGUACAUAUAGACCAGAUUGAUAAUGAGAAGAAUGUGAAUUCCUACACCGGGUUUGGUUUCUCCGAUUGGAGCAGCGGGAUCCAAACUCUCUCGGAACUAAAUCUGGGCCCCUUACUCCAACCCGUUCUUAGCUCCCAGCUCCAAUCCCGUCUCAGCAACGUGGUCGAGAAUAGUACAAUCUCCGAACCUGUUGUAGAUGAGGAAACUGAUGAGGGUUGGUUUGAUUAUCUACCAAGGAGUUUCUCCUCAGGACGGGUUGGAAUUUCUCUCCGCUCCGCUCUACGGGAGCUAAGUAAAGCAGUCCACGUAGAGAAAUCAACUUCAAACACUAACUAAACCUCACUAAUUUACAUACAUUCUGUGAUAACCCUAGUCCAAAGUCUACACUGUAUGCACUAUUUUUAAUCAUCUUUGUUAAAUCUGAAAUAUUGAAAAUAAAAUAUUAACCGGGCAAA